AUGGUCACGCCCCUAAUCGGAUUCUCGGAUGAGGACAAACUGGGAACCCUCCAGCCCCACGACAAUGCUCUAGUCAUCACGCUCAGGAUUGGGGGAUAUGACGUGAAGAGGGUGCUAGUCGAUCAAGGCAGCGCCGUGGAAGUAAUGUACCCCGACUUGUACAAGGGGCUGAAGCUGAAACCAGAGGACCUGACAGCAUACGACUCCCCUUUAGUGAGUUUCGAGGGAAAGACCAUCACUCCGAAAGGCAUGAUUAGGCUGCCUAUACAAACAGGCUCGGACGUAGUGGAGGUGGACUUCAUAGUGAUAGCCGCUUACUCCCCCUACACCGCCAUUGUAGCUAGAUCGUGGCUUCACGCCCUAGGGGCUGUGUCAUCAACCUUACACCAAAAGGUGAAGUAUUCGUCGGAGGGUCGAGUGAAAGAAGUAAUAGGGAACCAAGCCAUGGCCCAGCAAUGCAUGGUGUCCGCCAUCUCGCGACGACCGAGUACUGAGCCCUCCACCUCAGCCAAGAACGACUUAUAG